AUGGACACUUCUUCCAGCCAGGCAGACAGAACCGCGCUCCCGCAGAAGAUGAGCCACCGAAAGCGCCGGGCUGCCCGGAAGAAGGCGCGACGCCAGAGACGCCGCCAGGAACUCGCCCGGCUGAGAGACUCGCGGGCCGAGGAGCAGGACGACGACGAGGAGCAGGUGUCUGCGGACGAACAACGGCUGCAGGAGCUGCGGAGGCGGCGGUCGCACGAGGAGUGGCUGCGGCGGGAGCAGGAGGCGCUGCGAGGCUUCAGGGCCCGGAGGGACGAGGCCGCCCGCAGGCUGAGGGAAGAGCAGCCGAGGACGCCGAGAGAGGAGGCGGCGGAGGCGGAGAGGGAGGCCGCCGCCGCCGCCGCAGGGCACGAGGUCGCCGGGCCCGAGGUGGCCGACGCCGCCGGCCGGGAGCGGGAACGUGGCGGCCCCUGGCAGAACCCGGAACCGCCGGCGCGGGCUCGAGCCCCGCCUAGGGACGGCGCCCACUGCCCCUUCUACAGCAAGACGGGGGCUUGCCGGUUUGGGGAGCGGUGCUCGCGGAAGCACUGCUCGCCCACGUCGAGCCCCACGCUGCUCCUGAAGAACAUGUUCACCACGUUCGGCAUGGAGCAGUGCCGCCGCGACGACUACGAGCCCGACGCGGGCCUGGAGUACAGCGAGGAGGAGACCUACCAGCAGUUCCUGGACUUCUACCACGACGUGCUGCCCGAGCUCCAGCUCGUGGGCAGAGUGGUGCAGUUCAAGGUCAGCUGCAACCUGGAGCCUCACCUGCGCGGCAACGUGUACGUGCAGUACCGCUCGGAGGAGGAGUGCCAAGCGGCCUUCGCGCUCCUCAACGGCCGAUGGUACGCGGGGCGGCGGCUGCAGUGCCAGUUCUGCCCGGUGACCCGGUGGAAAAUGGCCAUUUGUGGUUUGUUCGAAGUAGGACGGUGUCCGAGAGGGCCGCGCUGCAACUUCCUGCAUGUGUUCAGAAAUCCCAACGAUGAGUUUAGGGAGGCGAAUAGAGACGCCUGCCAGGCUCCAGACUGCACUGGCUCCUCUUUCAGUAAGACCUUAGAGAGGAGGCAAAGGCGAGGCCGCCAUGAUGAAUACCAGGGCAGGGCGAGGGGGAGGAAGACGAGGAGGCCUAGGCCAGACGUCUCCAAGAGAAAUGUCUCCCUUCACCUUCAGCUGGGAGCUUUCUGUCAGGUAAGUAAGGUUUCAGACCUUGGAGAAAUGUGA